AUUAAAUGUCAAAUAUUUCAAGAUUAAACCAAAUUCCCAACAGUGUUAAAAACAAUUUGCACAACAAGAGAGCAGUUGUGUUGUGUCUCUUUGUAAUUUUACACAUCAAAAGCAACAACGCAAAGCUUUAAACUUUCCUUUCUCCUUUCUCUUUCACUGCAAAUUUCUACCCUUAAAAAUCGAAACUUCAGGAGAAGAAAUUGAGGAAUCAAAAUUCCCUGGAUUCGAGGGUUCUUCUCCACUCCUCUCACUUGUUCUUAUCUUCUUGCUUCAUCAGAAUCGUUUGAUUUGAGUUCUGCUACAUUUUCUCCGACUCAAACUUAUGGUGCAAGGAACUAGAGAAAUCUGUCUACUCGCGUGACAUGUGAAUAUUGUUGUUGUACAUAGCUGAAGUAGACGUCAUAUCAAACUCUUUGCUGAUUUUUACAUAAAGAGUGUAUCUUGAUAUUUGGUUUGCGAUUGAGUUAAGGGGAAGCGAUGGAUACUGCCAGAGCAUGGCUGAAUAAGUUAAAGUCUAUAGGAAAGGAGAAAUCCUCGAAAAAGAAGGAAACUUCUAGAAGUAAUGUGAAGGAAGGAUCCAAAACAGUUGGAGGUGAAGAAGCUGUGUCUAAUGUAACUAAGCAGAAGGCUGCUGCUGCCAAACAGUAUAUUGAAAAUCAUUACAAAAAACAAGUUCAAAGUCAGCAGCAAAGAAAAGAGCGACGUGAUAUGCUGGAAAAUAAGUUAGCUGCUGCAGAAGUCUCUGAGGAAGAGCAAAAGAAUAUGCUUAAGGAUUUAGAGAAGAAGGAAACUGAAUACAUGCGCCGUCAGAGACAUAAAAUGGGAACUGAUGACUUCGAGCCAUUAACAAUGAUAGGAAAGGGCGCUUUUGGAGAGGUUAGGAUAUGUAGGGAGAAGACAACAGGAAAUGUCUAUGCGAUGAAAAAGCUUAAGAAAUCUGAGAUGCUCCGUAGAGGCCAGGUGGAGCAUGUGAAAGCAGAGAGAAAUUUACUUGCAGAGGUUGAUAGCAAUUGCAUUGUGAAGCUGUAUUGUUCUUUCCAAGAUGAAGAGUAUUUGUAUCUGAUUAUGGAGUAUCUACCUGGUGGAGAUAUGAUGACAUUACUUAUGAGGAAAGAUACACUUACUGAAGAUGAGGCAAGAUUUUAUGUUGGGGAAACUGUCUUAGCUAUCGAGUCCAUUCAUAAGCACAACUAUAUCCACAGAGAUAUCAAGCCCGAUAAUCUGCUACUCGACAGAAGCGGCCACAUGAAAUUAUCAGAUUUUGGAUUAUGUAAGCCGUUAGACUGUAGUAUUCUCCAGGAAAAAGAUUUCGUAGUUGCACACAACCUUAGUGGGGCUCUACAAAGUGACGGCCGCCCUGUUGCAUCGAGACGCACUCCCUCUCAAAUGGAACAACUGCAAAACUGGCAGAGAAAUAGAAGGAUGCUUGCUUAUUCUACAGUUGGAACUCCUGACUAUAUUGCUCCAGAAGUUUUGUUGAAGAAAGGAUACGGAAUGGAAUGUGAUUGGUGGUCUCUUGGUGCGAUCAUGUAUGAAAUGCUCGUGGGGUUUCCACCAUUUUAUUCAGAUGAGCCAAUGACAACUUGUAGAAAGAUAGUAAAUUGGAGAAAUUAUUUAAAAUUCCCGGAUGAGGUUAGACUAUCACCAGAAGCCAAGGAUCUAAUUUGUAGACUUUUAUGCAACGUAGAACAAAGGAUUGGAACAAAAGGAGCAAAUGAAAUUAAGGAUCACCCUUGGUUCAGAGGUGUCGAAUGGGAAAAAUUGUAUCAAAUGAAGGCUGCGUUUAUUCCCAAAGUCAAUGACGAGCUAGACACCCAAAAUUUCGAAAAAUUUGAAGAGACGGACAAGCAAGUUUCUAAGACGCCAAAAUCAGGUCCAUGGAGAAAGAUGCUCUCAUCCAAAGACAUAAACUUUGUGGGUUAUACUUACAAGAACGUUGAAAUCGUAAAUGAUGAUCAAUUACCAGGGAUAGCUGAGCUAAAGAAGAAGAGCACAAAGCCGAAGCGGCCAUCAAUUAAAUCCCUCUUUGAGGAUGAAUCAGCCAGUAGCACCACAAGCCACCAAGGAAGCUUCAUGAAACUCUUGCCACCGCAGAUCGAAGUUCCAGAGAAAGAAGGCAAAUCCAGCUCAUCUAGUGAAACCCUAUCAUCCUCAACCACGCGUUUCGACAAUGCCACAGCCUAAACCAGAUCUUUGGUCCCGGUUAACACACCAUAAGACGGUUGAGGUAGCGGAUUUACGGUUGGAGAAAGUACAGUUUCCUUUGUGGCAGUGAAGGCUAUGGAAGGAAGAUGAAUUGUUUGAUUGUGGUGGAUAGAGAAUUGUUCAGCAGGUUCCACAUAGGAUAAUGUUUGGUUGUUCAAAAGGUUUAGUUUGAAGCCAAAAGUAAGUAAAUAUUCAUUUUCAGA